AUGUCAAAGACAUAUAACUAUUUAUUUAUUUAUUUAAGUUGUGUAUUAUUAGUAUUAUUAGGUUGCCAACCAUUGGCUACCAAUGCUGAUUGUAUAAAUGGAAGUGCCAAGUCCAUUUCACAGUACAACAUCACCUUCACUUUUGACAAGCAGGUACCAUGUGGUCAGUUUGUCAAUGGUGACUACUGGGUCACACCUGCCCCCGCUGCUGCUGGCAGUGCCAGCCCCACAGUGACCAUCAUCUCAAUCACACCAGACUUCAACGGAACUUUCCAUGGAUGGGAGGUCAACCCCACCAGCUGGGUCCAGAACGGCUUUGACUAUGAGAUUGAUGGCUUCAACAAGUCACUCGUCCCCACUCUCCCCUAUGCCGCCGCAGUCAACUCAUCUGUCGUCAAGGCAAUCUCAGAGACUGGUGUCGAUCGUUGUGACAACCAUCACGGCUGUCUGUUGACCGCCGCCGUGCUGACCGUGUUGGAGAAAGCACCACCCGCCAACACCUUCCGUCCAUCAUACUUUGGCAAGGUCAAGAAGCAGUACUCUGCCAACAACCUGCGUUCAAGCAUCUUGCCCAACCUGGCUCCGACCGCUGAAACCCCCACCCACGCCUACAUGAUGUCGCGUUUCCAGCGUGUUCAGCUCGAUCAUUACAAGUACUGGCAGGGUCGCUACCUCCACCCAACACUCAACAUGGCCGACUAUGGUGCACAGAUUGCCAGUGACUCUGGAGACGGAGCACUCUACCUCACCCUGAGCAUGACUGUAGCCCAGAAGAAGGAGUUCCUGAUCCUCUACACACAGGCUUGUUUGGACUAUGCCGGUAUGUUGUUUGCCGGCGUGACAUGGCAGGCUGAUGGUGGUCACGGCUCUGGUCGUAAGAUGCCAGUGGCCUUUGCCGCCGUUAUCACUGGAGACCAGGACAUCUACAACAGGAUCUCCAAUGUCACACCAAACACAUUCGGAGAGGAUGGCCAGCUCUACUACAGCAAGAACGCCAGUCGCGUGCUUUGGGGCCAGAUCGCCUGUACAUGGGACGACUACUGGUACUACAUUCUUAAUGCUCCAGACGGACAGAAGGACUGCGCUGACCCAUACGGAUACAUCGAUGGUGGCAUUCCAGACGAGUCCUCCUACCAGUUCUGCUGCACCUCUGCUUCGUGGAGAUCGACUGCACUCGUUCUGCGCAUCAUUCCAGGUUUGGCCUGCGCUUUCAACUUUGACUACUUCUUGCAGUACGCUGAUCGCUGGCACUAUGGUGGAGUGUGGACCGCCCCAGACCCUUUCACCAAGAGUGCCCCAGGUGGUGUGCUUGGAACACCCAGUCGUUUUGGUACCUUGAAUGGAACCCUUGCUGGACAAGGCUACUACUCUUCCGACUUCUCCCUCAACAUGUGGAACACGUAUCGUAUGAGUGGAUUGGCCAAUCAAACAUCAACUUGCACUGGACCAUUCACCACUGCUGGUUCCACUACUUCCGCCGGCACCACCGUCUCACCAACAACCUCCACCUCGACCACUAGUGCAGGACCAUCCACAACUACUGGCUCACCUGCCACUACCAUCACCACUAGUGCUGGUCCAUCCACAACCACCACUACAUCGUCCACCUCUGCAGCUGCCACUACCUCUACCACCUCAUCAACUACCACUGCCGCCCCAUCUACCACCUCAACUACCACCUCUCGCCAACCAAGCAGUGCAAUCAAGGUUGCUGUCUCUUCAAUGAUGUUGCUCGCCUUCAUUUUUGUUGCCAUCAUGUUGUAG